CGCGCGCGCCGGUGGCCAACCGGGGGCAAACCGGGGGAAACCGGUCCGGGCCGGCUCGGCCGCGCGAGUUUAUGGAUCGCGGUUUGUUUGUUGAUUGAUUUUUUUGAUCUCUUUCAUCCGGGUUCUUUCCGGAUUGGCCGGGUCCCGGAUGGUUGCGGCGCGCGCCGCCGCAGGAUUCGAACCCGGCUCCCGGCGGAGGCUCCGUGGUGUCGUGAUGAUUUCGCCCCGCCGAGGGACGCGGGUGCUCGGUGCUCAGUACACCCAGGGUCCUCGGCCUCCGCGGGGUGCUUAGAGGACUGGGCUGAGUCCCUCGGGCUCCGCGUCCAUUGGCUCGCACUCGCUUCGCUCGAACCCGCGCGCGCCCCCGCCGGGGUGGCGUUGUUCGCACUCGGCUCCCGUCACGCGCGGUAGGACUCAGCGCAGCACCUAGCACACGGGAGGACUCAGCGCAGCACCUAGCACACGGGAGGACUCAGCGCAGCACCUAGCACACGGUAGGACUCAGCGCAGCACCUAGCACGCCAUCGCGCCUGACGUCCUCUUCCCCCCACACAGGCCUCGAACCCGAGUCCCCCGGGCGACAUCAUCCCAACGUGUUAACGAGUGACAUCAUCCCGUGUUAUCGGGCGACAUCAUCACGGUAACGGGCGACAUCAUCCCAUGUCAUUGGGAGACAUCGUCUCGUGUUAACGAGUGACAUCAUCCCUAUCAUCGGGUGACAUCAUCAUGUUAACGGGCGACAUCAUCCCGUGUCAUCAGGUGACAUCCUCAUGUGUUAUUGAGUGACAUCAUCACGGUAACGGGCGACAUCAUCCCGACCAUCGCAUGACAUCAUCACGGUAACGGGCGACAUCAUCCCCUGUCAUCGGGCGACGUCAUCCCGUGUUAUCGGGCGACAUCAUCACGUUAACGGGCGACAUCAUCCCGUGUCCUCGGGCGACAUCAUACCCCUCAUCAUGUGACAUCAUCCCGUGUCCUCGGGCGACGUCAUCCCACGUGUGUGCGUGCGUGUGGACGUUCGUCACGCGUGGCCCUGGCCGCUCCCGUGUUUUAUUUUCAUUCAUUUUUUUAUUUUAUUUUAAUUAAUUUUUUCAUUUUUAAUUUUAUUUACUUUUUUAUUUUACUUUUUUUAUAUUCACGUGUUUUUUAUUUUUUACUUUCCGCCCCCCUCCACGAUUUACACGUCUCCACACGUUUCCAUGUCCACGUCACGCAUUAAACCCGCCGCGCCAUCCACGCGUGUCCGUCCGUGUUUCAUUUCACGCUUUUUUCCCCGCGUUCCGGGCGUGCGCACGUCACGCGUGUGUGUCCCGUGUCCCCCCCUGCCCCCCCCCGCGCAGGGCUGAGCUGGGCGGAGCCUCAGAGCCGCGGUCCGGGCGGCGUCACGGGACACGGAUGUCACGCCCCCGCGGACGCCGGGAGCGACCCGCGCCCGACGGCCCCGCCAUGAGGACGCCCCGCGGCGGCUGACCUCGAACCCGGAUCCCCGCGUGUUGUUUCCGCGCCGUCCCGAUGGCGCCGCGCCGCUGCGCGUGGGCGCUGCCCUUGGCGUGCUGCUGCGUGUUCCUGGCGUGGGGCGGCCGCGCGUCGCCCGUGGUGGUGACCACGCGGUACGGGAAGCUGCGCGGGGUGCGGGCGCCCCUGCCGGGCAGCGCGUUGGACCCCGUGGACCAGUUCCUGGGCGUGCCGUACGCUGCGCCGCCGACGGGCGCAAGGAGGUUCCAGGCGCCGGAGCCGCCGUCCCCGUGGCCGGGCGUGCGCGACGCGUCGCAGUUCGCACCCGUAUGCCCGCAGCCCGUGCUCGGGGACCGCGCGGCGCCACCGCCCCCGCCGCGGGAGAUGCUGCCCGUGUGGCUGACCGCCAACCCGGGGGCCGCGGCCGCGCGUGUGUGGGACCAGGACGAGGACUGCCUGUUCCUCAACGUCUACGCGCCCGCGGGAGCCGACACGGGGAAAGUCGCCGACGACAUCACGGGUCGCGAGCGCGGUCACGACGAAGGCGCCCACGGCCCCAACCCCGGCGGGAGGCCGGUCAUGGUCUACAUCCACGGCGGCUCCUACAUGCAGGGCAGCGGGAACCUGGUGGACGGCAGCGUGUUGGCCAGCUACGGCGACGUCAUCGUCGUCACCGUCAACUACCGGCUCGGCGUGCUGGGCUUCCUGAGCACGGGCGACCAGGCCGCGCGGGGCAACUACGGCCUCCUGGACCAGAUCCAGGCGCUGCGCUGGGUGGAGGAGAACGCGGGCGCCUUCGGCGGGGACCCCGGGCGCGUCACCGUGUUCGGCUCAGGCGCCGGCGCCUCCUGCGUCAGCCUGCUCACGCUCUCGCACUACUCGGAGGGCCUCUUCCAGAAGGCGAUCAUCCAGAGCGGCACGGCGCUGUCGAGCUGGGCGGUGAACUACCAGCCGGCCAAGUCUGCGCGGGCGCUGGCGGAACAGCUGGGCUGCGGCCCGGGAUCGUCGCCGGGGUCGUCGCCGGGGUCAUCGCCCGGGUCGCCGGGGUCAUCACCGGGGUCAUCGCCGGGGUCGUCGCCGGGGUCGCCGUCGCCGGGGUCGUGGGACACGUCGGCGCUGGUGCAGUGCCUGCGGGGCGCGGGCUGGCGGGAGCUGUCGCGGCCCUGGGUGCGAGUGGCGGCGGCGGGGGCGUACCACGUGGCGUUCGGGCCGGUGGUGGACGGGGACGUGAUCCCCGACGACCCGCAGAUCCUCAUGGAGCAGGGCGAGUUCCUCAACUACGAUGUCAUGCUGGGCGUCAACCAGGGCGAGGGGCUGCGCUUCGUGGACGGCCUCGUCGGGGGCGGGGACGCGGGUGCGAGUCGCGGCGGCGAAGACACGGAAGACGCGUACGAUGACGACGGCGCGGGUGCGAGUCAUGACGUCGACACGGAAAACACAUACGACGGCGCGGAACGCGCGGGCGCGAGUGCGAGUCGCGCCGUGGAGGAUGCGGGUGCGAAUCAUGACGGCGAAAACACGGAACACACGUACGACGACGACGGCGAGGACCCGCGUGGCGGCGUGGGGGCCGCCGCGUUCGACCACGCCAUUGCCACGUUCGUCGACCGGCUCUACGGCGGCGGGGACGGCGGCGGCGGGGACGGGCGCGCGGCGCUGCGGGAGACGGUGAAGUUCAUGUACACGGACUGGGCGUCGCGGGAGCGCGGGGCGGCGUGGCGGCGGCGGACGCUGGUGGCGCUGUUCACGGACCACCAGUGGGUGGCGCCCGCCGUGGCCACCGCCGACCUGCACGCGCGCUACGGCUCGCCCACGUACUUCUACGCCUUCUGCCACCGCUGCGGGGGGGGCGGGGCCGGGGGUGCAGGGGGCGGGGCCGAGGCCGCGCACGGCGAUGAGGUCCCCUACGUGUUCGGCGUCCCCAUGGCGACUGCGGACGCCGCCGACGCCGCCAACGACCUCUUCGCCUGCAACUUCUCCCGCGACGACGUCAUGCUCAGCGCCGUCGUCAUGACCUACUGGACCAACUUCGCCAAGACGGGGGACCCCAACCGCCCGGUGCCACAGGACACCACGUUCCUCCACACGCGCCCGAACCGGUUCGAGGCGGUGGCCUGGUCCAAGUACGACCCGCGGGAGCAGCUGUACCUGCACAUCGGGCUGCGGCCCCGGGUGCGAGACCACUACCGCGCCGCCAAGGUCGCCUUCUGGCUCGAGCUCGUGCCCCACCUGCACGGCCUGCGUGACCUCCUGCAGUACGUCAGCACCACCCCGCGGGCGCCCGGCAACGGCGGGGACACGGCCCACGCCAAAAACACGCGUGACCACGGCGCGGACGCCACCGACAAGGACGCCCGCCGCGCGCACGGCAAGCCCUGGGCCGCCACGCGGAGGCCCGCGGUCACGGCGGCGAGGGGCGAGCACGGGCCGCGCCCACGCGGGAGCCGCGCCCACGCCCACGGACACGCCAACCACGCGGAGGACGCCACGGUGCUGAUCGAGACCAAGCGCGACUACGCCACGGAGCUGAGCGUGACGAUCGCGGUCGGCGCCUCGCUGCUGCUGCUCAACGUCCUGGCCUUCGCCGCGCUCUACUACAAGAAGGACCGGCGGCGUCACGAGACGCACCGGCGGCUGCACGCGGGACACUGGCACAGCCACGGCCACGGAGGCCACGGCAGGGGGUUCCCAACGGCGGCGAAAAAACCGCUCCCGCCGCCGCCUCGGCCCGGCCAGCGCCAUGAUGGCGGCGUGGGCGGAAACGGCGUGGACGCGGCCACGGACGCCACCACCACCGCCAUCACGGGCGGGAUCCACGCGGCCUGCCCGCCCGACUACGCGCUCACGCUGCGGCGCUCGCCCGACGACGUCGCGCUCCUGGCGCCCAGCACCAUCGCCACGGCCACGGGGGGAUCGGCCUCCGGGACGCUGGCGUUCAACGCCUUCGCGGGCGGCGUGGGCGGCGGCGGCGGGGGGGGGCAGAACGGGUCGAACCUGCCGCACGGACACUCGACCACGCGGGUAUAGCGGGCGGGUGGCGGGUUCCGGUUCCGAACACGCGGACUCACGCGGAGGAGGAGACUCUCGAUUUUCUCGAUUUUUUUUGUUCCCCGCGGUUUAAUCUCGUUUUUUCGGGGGAGGGGCAGCGCGCGUCACCCCGUUUUUCUGUUUUUUUUUUUCCGUCCCGCGUGGGCGCCCACCGGGGGGGUGGGGAUUUUUAUCUUGACACAGACACACGGACUCUGCCGGGGGAAAAAAAGUCGAUAAAAAAUAUAAAUACAUGUGGAAAACGAGAAACGCGGACGCCGUGGCCGCGGGACUGAAUUCGCGGGAACUUCGUGAACACGGGGUGCGUGGGGGGCGGCCGGGGGGGGAAACACGAUCACGACCGUCAUACGUGUGUCAUACGUGUGCGACCUGGGAGGGUUUGCACAGAGCGGAGGGGGGAGGGGGAACACGAUGCCAAUAAACGGUUUUUCUCGAA